CCUUUUCCCCUUCCCACUGGAAGUCCGGGACAGCGCGACUCCGAGACUCGGGCGAGGCCACCGCCCCGGAAUCAGGGAGCGCGGGGGUGGCCCGCGCGUCCCCAAGUCACCCCCGCCGCCCGGAGCCGGAGGCCGAGAGGGGGCCCCGCGCUCGCUGCAGACUCCGGCGUUUCCUCAGCGGCUCGGGGAGAGGAGAACGGGCCGAGUCCCAGGGCCGAGCGCCGAGCGCCGAACGCAGCGGCCGGGGAGCCCGCGGGCCGCCCGGAGUAGGUGGCGGACCGGGCCGGGCCGGGCCGGGUCGGGCGGGUCACAGCGCGCCCCGGAGGCCGGCGGGGCGCAGGGCUGGCGACGGCGGCUGGAAGGGGAACUUGAUCCGGACGAGGAGGAGGAGGAGGAGGAGGAGGAGGCCGAGCUUCAGGACGGCACUGCGAGACGGGCGCCGCCGCCCAGGCCGAGGACACGGGGGCCGCAGGGCCACCCGGGCGCUGCGCGCAUGCCGGGCCGGGGGCGCCGCCGGGGCUGUCGCCCGGCAUGUCACAGCUGCACUACACCCUCAACCUGCGCGUCUUCUGGCCCUUGGUGACCGGCCUGUGCACCGCCCUCGUGUGCCUCUACCAUGUCCUGCGGGACACCGGGGGCGCCCGGGCCGAGCCCCCCGACGGCGCGGACAGCGGCUUCCCCAUGCUCAAGGUGGCCAUCGUGCUGUUGCUGGGCUACGUCCUCCUGCGCUGUCGCCACGCCGUCCGGCAGCGCCUCCUGCCCGCCUCUUCCCGCCUGGACGGCCACCCUCCUGGGAGCCACUUGAGAGAGCCGGGCCUGGGCAUCUUGCUGGAAAGCUACUAUGAGCACGAAGUGCGCCUGUCGCCACACGUGCUGGGGCACAGCAAGGCGCACGUGAGCCGGAUCGUGGGCGAGCUGGUGCGGGCUGGCCGUGCCCGGGGGUCCCCAGGCCCCAUCCCAGGGGGAGCGCUGGCCUUGGCCUUCCGCGGAGACGUCAUCCAAGUGGGCAGCGCCUACGAGCAGCAUAAAAUCCGCCGGCCCGACAGCUUCGACGUGCUGGUGCCACUGCGCCUGCCACCGCUGGUGGCGCUGGAGCCGCGGAGCCUGGGCGCCGAGCCCGCGCUAACCCCGGCCCUCCACAGCUGCUUCGUGUGCGCCCUGAAGGCGCCACCAUCGCAGUCGUCGUCGACGGCUGGGGGGCAAUGGCUUCGCGACUGCAAACCUUUCUCCGAUGGCUUCUGCGUGGACGUGCGCGGGCGGCGCCACCUCUCCGCCACGCUGGUGCUGCGCUGGUUCCAGUCGCACCUGCAGCGCUCCCUGGCCACCGUGCGCUACAGCCUGGAAGGGCGCUGCCGGGUCAGCCUGACCCCGGGUGGCCUGGAGCAGCCGCCUACCCUGCACAUCCUGCCCUGUCGCACUGACUAUGGCUGCUGCCGUCUUUCCAUGGCUGUGCGUCUCAUUCCCGCCGUCCAUCUGGGCGAUGGCGUCUUCCUUGUGGCUCCACCACCGCCACCUGUACCCGUGGGGCCACUGUCUGAGCUCCCCGAAGGCCUGCGCGCCGAGGCCCUAUGGGGCGUGAACACAGCGCGCCAGGAGCAGAAGCUGCUGGGCUGGCUUCAGGAACGGGCGCCUCCAGGUGCCUGCUACCUCAAGUGCUUGCAGCUGCUCAAGGCCAUGCGUGACCUGGGUGCCCGCGGGCUGGACCCGACGGCUGCCACCCAGUGGGGACGCAUGCUGUCAUCGUAUGCGCUCAAGACAGCGCUGCUGGCUGUGCUGCUGCGCGAGGGGACCCCAGGGCCCGGCUGGGACGAUGCCCACUUGAGCGAGUGCUUGGAGGAGUUGGUGCAAUUCCUUAGGGACUGCCUGCUGCGGCGCCAAACGCUCUUCCACUGCGUCCUGGGCCCCGGCGGGGCGGCCACCGAGGUGGGCCCCCUGCCCAAGGUCCUGCGCGAGGCUGCCCCAGUUGACCUCCUGGCGGCCUUCGACGGGCGUGCCAGGGAACUCGCAGCUGCACGGUUGCUGUCCACCUGGCGGAGGCUGCCCCAGCUUCUCCGGGUCUACGGGGGUCCCCGCUACCUUGCCAGGUGCCCCCCACCCCGGAGUCAGCGCACUCAGGGGGCGUUCCCUGAAGGUGAACCAUAAAUCCUGACGGCACCCCACCUGACCAAAUGCUCCUAAAGCUGUUCCCAUGGGUGGCAAAGGUGCCAGUUAAAUGCAAGAUGAGUUGGCAGAAGGUAGUGGAAAAUUGGGAGGUUUUGGUGACUUCUAUGUCACCUCCUGGCUACCCAACCCACAAUUAUUGUGGCAUUUUCUUCAUACCCAUUAGAACAUCCUGGGCAAUCUUUGGGAGUGCUACCCAACUGUUGCAUGUUGCCUUGGUCCAAAAAUGGUGGAUUGUGCAGAAUGAGGCUAUAGAAGCAUCCAGUUCUGAGAGAAAUCGGGUGAGACAUCCUCUCCUGGUGUUUUAGACACAGAUCUCUGCUCUCCCCCCCCCCCAAAUUUUUAGAAAGAAAGGUUUUUGACAUACCUGUUUGGUAGGUACUGAGUUCCCAUUGUUAUUUAAGAAAAAAGAAUUGACUAUCCGCAGCUGGAGUUGAAGUUCUAUUCCCGAGGUUAAUAUUCUGAGGCACAACCCCUCCCCCUUAUUCAGAUCCCCAUCAUGUAUGUUAAAUGCUGUGAUCACAGGUGUUUGACCAGCUUGUUGAUAAGUAAGGCGCACUUGGCCAGAGGCAAUCUAGACCUGGUUAGAUUCCAGAGCAAAUCGUCCAUUAUGUGGGCCAGUUGUUGCAUUUUGUGGUGGUUUGUGCCAAGCAUUGCAUCUAGAAAGAGAUCAGUCAUAUUUAUUAUAAGACCUUGCAACUUUGAAAGGCAGCCAGGUGUUUCAAAGUCACAAGCCUAUCAGCACCUGUUCAUUGAGUGCUAAGAAUGUGCCAGGCAAAGGGUACAACGAAAUGCACAAUGAAGACCACUCUGGUGAAAGCAUAAAAUGUGUUUGGUCUGAAAAAGAAGGUGCAGUUCAGGUGAAGAUGGCCUGGCCAGUGCUUGCUGGUAGCUGGAAACUCCUUGAAGCUUUAAGACUUCUCAGCGAAAUCCUUUGCAAAGAUUUCUUGCUGAGUUUAAGGAGCAGUGGAGAGGAAAUACCUGCUCUGAGGUCUGGCAUGUGUGAGCACUCAGUGAUGCCCUGUGAUUUACUGCUUGGAAGGUUCUCGCUGGCCCAGGCUGCCAUGGGGGGUUCCAGGCGGCCAGCUUCAAGGGGCUCUUGGUUCAGCCUGUGUCUUGCAAAACACUUUGUAGGGCUCAGUAUCCUGGGCUCUGUGCUUGGGAGUCAGCCACUGCCUUUGGGUGGGCACAGGGUGAAGUUAGAAGAACGAGGGAGACAGCCCUGGACAACGGCUGUGCUCUUCUUUUCUCUGUGGGUGUAAGUAUGAAGGGUUGAGUGUCAUUUGCAGCCAGGAAAUUUUGAAAUUUUUCUCAUCCCUCCCAAAACUUCUAACAGUACCCAGUUGCAGUUCAAGUUUAGAACGAGCCAUCUUCCCUUGGCCUAGCUGAAAUUACGUCCAACAUCAGUGUUAUCCUUGGAGAUUUUUAAAAAAUAAAACAACAACAAAAAGGCAUAUACUUUCUUAGACUCUAAAAGGCAAAACUUGGAAGACAAAAAUAGUUACAUGAGUAGUGCCACUGUUAAAUUUCUCAGCUAUUUCAGGGGAAGUCUAUGAAGUCUUUACGGGACCUAGUUGGCCACUGUUUGACAUUGUGAAUAAAGGUUUGUGGGAUUCUUAUCAGAGAUGCAUAGACUUCUAAGCUUUGCAGCUGCUCUGAAAGAGGCACGGCAACAAUGGGAAUUGGUGCCGUCCCUUUGAGUUGCUUGGGGGGACAUGCCCCUUGGCACCCCAAAAGUCAUUCCUAGCUUUUGAGGCCAAUGUUAGAUCAUAAGGUACUUACAUUAAGCUUCUUGCAAAGGUUUAAGCUGCACAGUGUUUUGUAAAGUUAGUUUUGAAAAUAAAU